AUGCUAGGGACACGACCAAGGGAAACAUCUACGCAGAAAACAGAGCGAGAAUCAUUAGCUUUAUCUAAAUAUGAGAAAGCAUUGAAAAUUUGGUCUCAUUAUACAAGUGAUACUGACUUAAACAGUUUUGUUGCUAUUGGCAGUCUUUACCAAGCACUAGCUAGAUUUCGUGGACUAGCGUCUACAGCAGUGAAUAUGCAGAAGCAUUAUGACCUAGCCAUUACUAAUUUUCAACUAGCAUUGGACAAAGCUCUAACUGAUCAUGAGUCAAUUCACAUAUUAUACUUGUUGUUUAGCAUAUAUCGUUCAUUAAUGCUUAGUAAAGGCAAAGAAGAGAUAAAGCAGUAUGGCCCUCAAUGCAGAUACUAUGCAGAAUUAAGUCUUAAUAAAAUGGUCAAAGUUUAUCUAGAAAAUGAUAUGAGAACUGCACAACUGUUUGAAGAGCUUGGUACGAUAUGCAGUUUCCAUCUUGGUGAUCACGAUGCAGCAUUAGCUUACAACAAAGAAGCAUUAGCGAUCAAGUUACGAAAUCCAAAUCAAAGUCCGUGGAUGCUCUAUACAAAUAUAUCUUCUCAUUACUUCAGUCGAAAAAAUUAUCCUGAAGCACUGAGAUUCCAACUGUUAAAUCACGAAGAUAUAUUGAAUCGAUUUGCAUUAAAAGCAACUGAUAAUGAUGCUACUCGACGAGAAAAAAGAUAUAUGAUUGCCCGAAGUUAUAUGACAGUAGGAGAUUAUUAUACUCCAUUGGAUCGGCAAUUAUCCCUCNGAUGA